GUCUUGUUCCCGCGCGAUCGAGGGGAACAGGUGACGUGACAGCGAACUUAGUAACACAAUACAGUCGUUAUCAUUAUUAUUAUUAUUCCAUUGAAGUAAAUUGACAUUUUAUUUUGUUUAAUGUUCUUUUACCAAGCAACGGAUAAUUGAUAGUUAAUUAUUUGCCGCUGAUUGCCGCUUUAUUCAACCAGGUAAGCAGGCCCCACGUGAAGGCGACGCGCGAUUCUUGAACUUGUUCGGCAAUUGAAAUCAGACAAUCGUGGAGAGAGAGGGAGAAUGCACGAGGAAAUUACAAUGUCAGAGCCAACUGAGAUGCAGGAGGGAAAUGUCGCAGUGGAAUCUGAUCAGAUCCGGAAGAAGCUGUUGAGCGGAGAGACUUUAAGGACCAGCGCUGCUUCCUCUAGCUCGUCCACUGCCUCUUUCUACAAUACUUUUGAUGAACCGUAUGAUGGACUGAGCUCCUUGGAGACAACAGAGAAUGACGCUGAUGUGAAUACAACUUUCCUGCGACUCUUGGACUGUCAGCCUAGAGGAGGACAGAGGAUUUCCGAGGGAAACUUUGACUUGCUGAACGCUCUGCUGGAACAAGGAGCCAACAUUAACUGUGUGGACGAGUAUGGCCAAACCCCAUUGCACAAGGUUGCACGCAGGCAGCAGCUGGACGUGGCAAAGUUUCUGAUUGAAAAGGGUGCCGACGUUAACCUCGGAGACAAAUUUGGUCGGACGGCUCUACACAUUGCUGCCAUUGUGGACUGCCCAUGCUUGGUGGAGCUUCUCAUUGACAGUGGAGUGGACACAGAGGUGCAGACGGAGGGAGAGCAGCAGACGGCAGUGCACUACGCGGCGCGGUACGGCUGCAUCAUCACGCUGGCCACUCUGCAGCACCGAGGAGCAGACCUGUCCGCCCGUGACUUCAAGAGGCGCACCCCGCUCUUCUUGGCUGCCGCGCAAGCUCGCAGAGAUACGGCACGCCUGCUAUUGCAACUGGGUGCAGACACAAUGGCUCAGGACAACACGGGACAGAUGUGUUUGUCCUUGCUGCUAGAGAAACUCCCGUCAGUGGCUCUGGUGGCAUUGGAUAAAUUACACGUUGUGGACCAUUCCAUUCACAAGCAAUACUUUUAUUUGAAGGCGUUGGAGAGCCACCCUGAAUGUAACGGGAAUCCUGGCAGUUUAAAUUCUCUGCUGGAACUCAUUGUGAUACAUAAAUUAUUUGAUGUUGCGAGUCAUCCCGCUGUCAGAAAACUCGUCGACAUUAAAUGGAAGGCAUAUGGUCUGGCCGGCGCUUGUGUUCGACUGUUCCUGGAGUUAUUCUUCAUCAUCACGUGGUCGGUCCUCAUGAUGGGCGUUGACUGGGAGAACCGCCAUGUGUACACCUUCCCACAGAGUGUGUGGCGUGCGGUGCUGGCUACUGUGUGCCUGGGCCAACUGGCGAUAAACGUGGUGGCCGAACUCGGGGAGUUCCGCUCUGCGUCCCGCGCCCUUCGAUGCUGGCGCGAGUGGUGGCGCAGUGAGCUGAGCCAGAACCUCCGGUUCUGCCACCCAUGCUGGCCACAGGAGAAAAUUUACUUGGAACAAGAGUUGAAGAAAAUAAACAAAGUCAAGGCUAAAUAUUUUGUGGGUUUUUGGAGCUUCCUCCACUGGCUGGUGUUAGUGCUGCUGCUGUCCCUGGUGGGACUCCACGUGGCCUUCAUACUGAAACCGAGCUGGAACGACGCCCGGAGAUAUGACCACUUGGUUGCCAUCACCAUAAUUCCACUGUGGCUCCACAACAUGAAGCACCUACGUCCUUUCAAGAUCGUGGGCCCGUUGAUUAUCAUCCUGGGAAAGAUGGCUGUUUACAUCCUCAAGGCGUUCUUCCUGUUUGGGCAGUUUUUCCUCGCGUUUUUCUUCUCGUUUUGGCUGAUAUUUGGCAAUAAAGACAUAGCGUCAGUUCAAGACUGUUCCGGCGACCCUCUUCACCAUGUUCCGCAUCAGCGUCGUGGACAUGGACGAGUACGAGGCCAUGCACAAGCGCGACUUCACGAUGCUCUACAUCCUGGUCGCCUCCUUCCUGAGCAUCACCAACAUCUUCGUCCACAACGCCAUUCUAAUCGCCAUGCUCAACCAGGCCUACAAGCGCGUGUCCCUGAACCCUGUGGGCAAUGAGUAUAUGCAGCGAACCAUCCUGCUGCUCUCCCUGGAGAAGAACCCGCUCUUCAGACGCAGGCGCGAAGCGACACGCGACCACAUCCAGCGCUGCGAUCGGUUCGAGUGCUCCUACGGGGCGGGCGAUGAGGGGCCCGGCAG